CCAACUUGACUCGUCGUUUAAAUGACAUGCGCAAGUGAGUUUGAGGUUAGGUUAAGCAAAGCAAACGUCUGUCACAGGGGGGGCCAUUCGCGCAUGUCAUUGAAACAACGAGUCAGGCUGACUUAUAUGCGCUAGUGAAAUGUUGUGAAUUUUGAUUGAUGAAGAGUUUGCCAGUUUUGUUGGAUUUAUAUGCUGAAAGGCGCUGGGCCGUGCCGAAAUGUCCCAAUGGAGCUCUUCCGAUUCGGGCAUUUUACGCAAGAACAGAGUAGAGGAGAACCUGGAUCAACUCCUGGUAUUUGGGUACUCGUGCAAAAUAUUCCGCGACGACGAAAAGGCCCUUUUCAUUGACCAAGGCAAACACCUCAUACCUUGGAUGGGGCAGGAGUCGCUAAGGAUAGACAGAUACGAUGGAAGAGGCACACUGUCUGAUCUCAAGAAGUUUGAGGCAAGCAGAGAGGAUUACGACACUCUGCGCUGGCUGGGGUUGAGCGAGUCGGAGAAGAAAUUGGAAGAACUGUGUGACAGGGAAAGGUACUACUCUUUGCAGAUCAAUGAGGAGGAGGAGGAAAUGUAUAAAGAAGAGGCUGCCAAACGGGAAAAAACCAACGCAAUAGCGUUUGACUACAAUCAGUCGUCAAACCCCGAGCCGAAAGAGGGAGUACCGACUGUCCCGGAAAAGGAGGAAGAGGAUGAGCCCUAUAAGCCCUCACCUGUGCUGGACGUACCAGUAGAUAUUAACAUUCCGAAGACUUUGAAAGAAUAUGCGAGAAUUGAAAAGACCGCGCUGUUCGUGUGCCGUCAAGGAUGCCAGAUGGAGAUUCUCAUCAAAGCCAAGCAGGCCGAUAACCCCCAGUUUAGUUUCCUCACAGUGCAGGAUCCGCUUUAUAAAUUCUACCGGCAUCUUCUAGGGGCGUUUAAAAAUGGAAGAUAUCAACCUCAGUGUGGCAAAAAACCAGAUGAAACUCAAGCCGAGCCGUCCCAAGACAGUGACCAGGACUCUCACUACCUCCACCCCAGCUUAGUAUCAACAAGCGGCAAACCGGGCACCCCGCCAUUGGGGCAAAGUCGGCUCAGCUUGCCGUAUAGACCUUCUGCCGAUUGCGCCUACUCGCAACUAGUCAACCGCAUUCAAGGCUCCAAUGGGCAGUCGGAGCCUCUAAUCACUCAGCAACCAAGUGCGGCCAAUCAAAUGCAGCUGAUGAACCAGAUGACGUUGGAGCAACAAUAUCAUCAGUACUACUAUGUUCAGCAGUUCUAUGAGUACUGGAGGCAUUCGGUGAUCAACAGCGAACAAGGAGGUAAGUUUGUUGAUAAGUUCUAUAUUGUUGAGGCGGAU